CAUCACUUCACUACUGCGCAUGUCAAACUUAAUGCGUUAAUUAGCGUCCGACUCGAAGCUAGACAACAAAGGAAUGCGGUCGAUUAUUGUAAGCGAGUUUUUGUUUUAAAAUUAUUAAAAUUCAAGUGUUGAAACUAAAAUGACUGGUACAAUUAUUGAAAAUUUAAGCGGCAGAAAGCUGGCAGUGUUAGUGACGUUUCUUUUAUUAUGUCAAAUAACAUGUUUUUUGAUCGGUGGAUUGGUCGCACCCAUGCCCGCAAAUGUACAAAAUAUUCUCGGUACCGUAUGUAAAGAUACAUCCUUAAUGAAAAAUGAUACUACAAAAUGGUUCUACAAUCGCGGUAAAGGCAAAUGCGAGACUGUUGAAUUUGGUGGGACUCACCACGAUAUUUCCGAGAGAGACAUCGUAUUUGCAUUUCAAAUGCCGAUUCCUCGCGAGGGCAAAACCUACGACUAUUCGAGAUGGCAGCAGAAUUUAAUCGGUGUGUUACAAAUAGACAUCGGUUACCAUUCACAAAUGGAAGUUAAACCGCGCAGUACAAUAACAAUAGAUGCACGAUUGGCGUACAGAAAUAAAGACGACCCAGAUGACGCUUGGAAUUUAUACACUCAAUCGGUCGAAAAAAGAGUUUUAGACUGCGACAUAGAUAUAAAAACUGAAGAUUACUUGUAUAAUUGCUCUCCUAUACCUUUUUUCGAGCUUGGUUCAUUGUUUCACGAUUACUAUUUGCUAAACAUUCGAUUGCCUAUUGACACUCCCGACAUGAACGCACAUAUUGGCCACAUACAAGACAUGUGGGUGAUUGUUAUAAAUCAAAAUGGUGGCUUUACUAAAGUGUGGGUGUCUCUAAAAACAGUAUUUUUUCCUUGCAUUAUUGGUAUAUUGGUUUGGUUCUGGCGAAGGAUUCACAUGCUAGAGCGGAAGCCUGUACUUCUAGAAAAGAUGCUUCUCACAUUGGGUGUAGCUUUAUGUUUUUUGAAUGCACCUUUUGAAUAUCUUACACUACAAUUUGAUUUACCAUUCAUGUUGUUAUUAGGGGAUAUAAGACAAGGUGUUUUUUAUGCCACAUUGUUCUCAUUUUGGCUUAUAUUUGCUGGAGAGCAUAUGUUAAUCCAAGAUACAUCAGCACAAAGUUCUUUAAAGCAGUACUGGAGACAUUUGAGUGCAGUUGCGAUGGGUUGCAUCUCACUUUUUAUAUUUGAUAUGUGUGAGAGAGGCGUACAACUGAGGAACCCGUUCUAUUCUAUUUGGGUUACAGAUCUGGGCACAAAUUUAGCCCUAACAUUUAUCAUACUUGCUGGAAUUUCAACUGGGGUGUAUUUCUUGUUUCUAUGCUAUUUGGUUUGGCAGGUGUUUAUAAAUAUAUCCAACAAAAGACAGUCUCUUCCUACAAUGUGUUCCGUACGUCGCUUGCACUAUGAAGGAAUUAUAUACCGUUUCAAAUUUUUGAUGUUAGCGACUUUGCUCUGUGCUGCUCUUACGGUAAUUGGCUUCAUCUUGGGACAAGUUGCUGAAGGCCAAUGGAAGUGGGAUGAAAAUAUUGAACUUGAAUACACUUCAGCAUUCUUUACUGGUGUAUAUGGGAUGUGGAAUAUUUACAUAUUCUCAUUGCUCGUAUUAUAUGCACCAAGUCAUAAACACUGGCCAGUUAAUGACAACACUUCAGAUACACAAAACUUGAGUGACGAAAUUGAAUUUAGCCGUUUGCCGAGUGAGAAGAGUGAGAUAUCUUCAUUGACUUCAUUUAUUAGAAAGUCCACAAUUGACUAAUUAUUCAAUUAUAUGAUUGAGUAAUUUUAUAACUUUAAAGUAGCUAUGUUAAGGUAGACAUGUGUAUGACAUUUUAAAACAUUCAAAACCUUUUAAUUUGUAACUGAGCCUCAUUUUUAGUUUUAAGUUUAUACAGUAUUAUGUUUGUACUCAAAUAUUAGUCAUGGGAUGUACCCUUUUAGGAAGGCCUUAUCUAAUGCUUUUAGUGUGACUUAGUUUUAUCCAAAAAAAAAUGUAUUAGAAUGGCGUAGAAUUAAUAUUACUGUAAUUUUUAUUCAAAAUUGUCGUUUUUGUAGUUGUAUUUUAUAAUAUAAUGUAGUACUAAAAUGAGUCAUUGUAAGCUUUAAAGAUGUGAACUCAAGUAAAUUUCCUUAGUUGUGUGAGAUGUUGGUUUUCGACCUUGAAUGUAUUUUUUUAAAACUGACAGUGCUUCCAAUUUAUCGAAAUAUUUGGAUCUUGCCAUUUUAAACUACUUAAUUUUCUCUGUGAUAAGCGUUUUUGAUAACUUUUUAAUUUAUUUUUAUAUAUGUAGUUUUAAAAAUUUUUACUAUGUUUCUAGCAUUACUUUUAACUGUUUCGUAAGUUUAACUAACUUUAAUAUUUGUAAUUCGAUUAGUUUGUAUCAUGCCAAUAA